UAACAUGAUACUGUGAAAGUUCAAUCCAUAGUGGAUCCAACACAACCGUGGGAGUCCAGUCCAAAGUGGAUCCAACACAGUAGCGAGAGUCGGCCCUGCGAUGAGGUGGCGACUUGUCCACCUGCCUGAUUGUAGCUGAGAUAGGCACCAGCGCCCCCCGCGACCCCAAAGGGAAUAAGCGCUAGAAAAUGGAUGGACGGAUGUUUGUAAAUGGGGAAGCACGGUGGUAUAGGGGUUAGUGCGUCUGCCUCACAAUACGAAGGUCCUGAGUUGUCCUAUAGUUCAAUCCCGGGCUCGUAAUCUUUCUUUGUGGAGUUUGCAUGUUCUCCCCGUGACUGCGUGGGUUCUCUCCGGGUACUCCGGCUUCCUCCCACUUCCAAAGACAUGCACCUGAGGAUAGGUUGAUUAGUGUGUGAAUGUGAGUGUGAAUGUUGUCUGUCUAUCUGUGUUGACACUGCGAUGAGGUUGCGACUUGUCCAGGGUGUACACCGCCUUCUGCCCGAUUGUAGCUGAGAUAGGCACCAGCGCCCCCCCAUGACCCCAAAGGGAAUAAGCGGUAGAAAAAUAGAUGGAUGGACGGAUGUUUGUAAAUGGGGAAGCACGGUGGUAUAGGGGUUAGUGUGUCUGCCUCACAAUACGAAGGUCCUGAGUUGUCCUAUAGUUCAAUCCCGGGCUCGGAAUCUUUCUGUGUGGAGUUUGCAUGUUCUCCCCGUGACUGCGUGGGUUCCCUCCGGGUACUCCGGCUUCCUCCCACUUCCAAAGACAUGCACCUGGGGAUAGGUUGAUUAGUGUGUGAAUGUGAGUGUCUGUCCAUGACCCCAAAGGGAAUAAGCGGUAGGAAAAUAGAUGGAUGGAUGGAUGUUUGUAAAAUAAUGACUUGCGGUGACGCGUUUUGAGCAGAUGCGCAGUAUAUCCGUCUCCCAUUGGCCACUUGCGAGGCCUGUUUAUGGCUCGGAUGCAGGAGGGAGGAGGGGCGGGGCUUGGGAGGAGGCGAGGCGCAAGGAUGGAGAAGGACCCGGAUGCUGAUGCGAGUGAUGCGAAGGAAGGAAGAGAGGCGAGAAAUCAUCGAUUUACGACAAGAAACGCCAGGGGAGUGUGAUACAACAGGGCCUAUACAGCUCAUCCACUCUCAGUUGCAGCGAAAGUGGUCGAUAAAUCGCGUGGGGAUAUCGCGGCGUGCACCUGUGCGGAGAAGAUGCUGUGAUAUCGGCGGCGGGCUAUACUCUCAGGGAUGUAGAGUCGAGCGCUCGGGGGGGAGCAGACUGGGAGGGCAGGAGGACUUUACACGACGCCGGAAUGCGUUUUUUUCGCCACCUUUUGAGGGAAUGAGGCGUCCGUGUCCCGACAAGUGUAGCCGUUUCUCGGUGGCGCACAAUUUGAGGCGGUGUCGCUUCUUCUGACAGGCGGCCGCUGGGUCAGGGCGCCGAAGCUAAAGCUAGCCUCGCUGCUGUGUGGGAGAGCGGCGGCGAGGCUACACUAACUCGCGUGUUGUUGCACUUGGAAGGAGACAAACAAAAUAGGCCUGACAGCGAAAUAAAUAGUCACCAGUGCUUCAUUGUUUGCUUUGAUGGUUCAAUGUGAUACUUCUGAAUGCGUCUUUUAACAGCCGUCAUAUAGCUACCUAACUAGAUGCUAGUUAUGCAAAUAAGCUAAUGCUUCAACUCAUUAGUUUGCCAUGUUUACGUUUAUUCCUCUGUCGUGUCCGCCUGUCCGCUUCAAGCCAGCACUACCGAGCUGUUAAUCAGCACUCUCCACAAGCGCAGGUCGUCAGGGUUUAAAUGGAGAUUAUAGACUUUCCUCCAUAUCUCCAGAUAUGACAAUAACACCCGGAUAAGCUCUCAAUAAUUGCAAUAAUAGUGUAAGUGUGCCUCAAGCAGAGCAGUAUGAGUAAGGAGCUGUCCCUGAGUCAGUCCGCUCAAUAUGUUGGGCCCUAUCGACUGGAAAAAACCCUGGGAAAGGGGCAGACAGGACUGGUCAAGCUGGGAAUCCACUGCAUCACGGCUCAGAAGGUCGCCAUUAAAAUAGUCAACCGGGAGAAGCUGUCCGAGUCGGUUUUGAUGAAGGUCGAGAGGGAGAUCGCCAUCCUGAAACUGAUUGAGCAUCCGCACGUGUUAAAGUUGCACGAUGUAUACGAGAAUAACAAGUACCUGUACCUGGUAUUGGAACAUGUGUCAGGAGGGGAGCUGUUUGACUACCUGGUAAAAAAAGGCAGACUGACGCCCAAAGAAGCCAGAAAGUUCUUCAGGCAGAUCAUCUCCGCUCUGGACUUCUGCCACAGUCACUCCAUUUGCCACAGAGACCUGAAGCCUGAGAACCUGCUGCUGGAUGAGAAGAACAACAUCCGUAUCGCUGACUUUGGCAUGGCAUCCCUCCAGGUGGGAGACAGUCUGUUGGAGACUAGCUGCGGAUCACCACAUUACGCUUGCCCUGAAGUCAUACGGGGAGAGAAGUAUGAUGGUAGGAGAGCAGAUGUAUGGAGCUGUGGUGUCAUUCUUUUUGCUCUGCUGGUGGGCGCCUUGCCAUUCGACCAUGACAAUUUACGGCAGCUCUUGGAGAAAGUAAAGAGCGGCGUGUUCCACAUGCCGCACUUCAUACCCCCGGACUGCCAGUCCCUCCUCAAGGGCAUGAUUGAGGUCAACCCUGAAAAGCGACUAACGCUUGAGACUAUUCAGAAACAUGCUUGGUAUCUGGGUGGUCGUAAUGAGCCUUGUCCUGAGCAGCCUCCUCCCAGAAGAGUGUGUGUGAGGCGAAUCUUAUCCCUGACUGAGCUGGACCCAGAUGUGCUUGACAGCAUGCACUCGCUGGGCUGUUUCAGAGACAGGGUCAAGCUCACGCGGGAUUUGCAAUGUGAAGAAGAAAACCAAGAGAAGAUGAUUUAUUACCUACUACUUGACAGGAAAGAGCGCUACCCCAGCUAUGAGGACGAGGACUUGCCUCCACGCAAUGAUGCUGAUCCUCCUAGAAAGCGCGUUGACUCUCCCAUGCUGACGCGACAUGGACGCUGCCGUCCAGAGAGGAAGAGCCUGGAGGUGCUGAGUGUCACUGAACAGGGGUCUCCCACGCCUCCACGCAGGGCCCUGGACACGGCACACAGUCAGAGGUCUCGCUCAGUGAGUGGAGCUUCCACUGGUCUCUCCUCCAGCCCACUCAGUAGUCCCAGGUCCUAUCAAAGCCCCAUCUUCACUUUCAGCCAAUCAGAUGUCAUCUCUGCUGCCGUUACUCCCCAAACAAAGGAGCCCAAACAGGGAAGCGUCACGACACCUCGCACAACACGGGCCCUCGAAAAGCCCAAAGCUCCCCCCCAUCCAAAGACCCAGACCCUGCCCACCAAGGGACCCACCGAACGGCCUCACCUCCAGCCAAUCAAAUCCCUGCCUCGACACAACCCAUCCUCCCGCUCCCCAUCCCCUUCUCCGCUUCUCUCACCCAUUCCCCGUUUCUUCUUCCCUUCGUCAUCUGUCCUUAAGUCCGUGACUAAGACCUUGUACCCAAACUCUGCCCACUCUGUGCCACAGGUCACUCCCCAGGGCUCUCCGUUGCCCACGCCUUUGGGCACCCCUGUCCACCACCCUCACCACCCUUCCUCCACCCCACCCUCCUCCUCCUCGUCCUCAUCCUCCUCGCGGGCAGAGGGAGGGGGCGGGGUGGGCUCUCUUUCGCUGACCCCGCCCUCCAGCCCAGGAGGUAGCGGGAUAGCGGCAAGCAGCUCCGCCCAUUGGAGAACUCGCCUGAAUUCUUUUAAGAACAACUUGCUGGGUUCUCCUCGGUUCCAUCGCCGCAAACUGCAAGUUCCAACAUCAGAAGACAUGUCCAGUUUAACACCAGAAUCCAGCCCUGAGUUGGCUAAGAAGUCAUGGUUUGGCAACUUCAUUGGCCUGGAAAAAGAGGAGCAGAUCUUUGUGGUGAUCAGAGACAAACCUCUGAGUUCUGUCAAAGCCGACAUUGUCCACGCUUUCCUGUCUAUCCCGUCGCUCAGCCACAGCGUCAUCUCCCAGACAAGCUUCAGAGCCGAAUACAAGUCCUCCGGCGGCCCUUCCGUCUUCCAGAAGCCCGUCAAGUUUCAGGUGGAUAUUGCCUUCUCCGAGGGCGAGAGAGAGCGGGACCGGGAGAGGGCCGAGAGGGAGGGCAGGAGAGAGACGGGAAUCUACAGCGUGACGUUCACCCUCAUAUCAGGUCCAAGUCGCAGGUUCAGACGAGUGGUGGAAACAAUCCAAGCCCAACUUCUCAGCUCCCAUGAUCAACCCCUGGUGCAAGCCCUAUCUGAUCCUUUCCCAGAUGAGAAGAACGGACGACCCCACAGGACCCCCACCCGCCAAAACUCGAGGCGCUCAGAGGGUGGGGGCGACAGGUGCGAGUGGGGCGACCGAACAGAUGCCGCAGGCAUUGGAGGCAGCGGGGGAGUUCUGCAGCGCAGAGGCUCAGCGAAAGAGAGAACCCGACUGCUGUCCACCAACGGAACUCAAUCUCAACCGUAGGUUGCAAAGUGCAAGCACGCAGCAGGAUGCCCAACCAAUACUAAAACUCUUUUAACUUCAUCUCCAAGCAUUCAUGCGAGCCACACACUUCUGCUAUCCUUCCUUGGCUAGAUAGAUAUUAACAAGGAUUGAGCCUUUCCCCGUUGUGUUUUGUUUUGAGCAAAGGUUUUGAUCCUUUGGAUUACCUGGAUUCUAACCCUUAAAUGAAAAAGAUGGGAUCAUCCUUUAAUGGAAACAUACUAUGUGAAUGAGUAGUGUGGUAUCCAUGGUAGAUACAGCUUCCCAAAGUCCUAACUAGGAUUUUGAAGCGCCAAUGUGCAUGCCAGUUAGCAAAUCCGCCUGAAAAAGGAAGCUGAUAUGACCCGAUAGGCUGGGCCACCAUAGCAUUGUACUACAGCAUUUUAUACCAAAAAGAAUUAAGCGUGUUGUCUUGGCUCUCACUCCUAAAAUGAACCUGUGUGUGUUCAUGUCACUCUCAGGCAACAUGCAACUACUAGUCCAUACUAAAACAUGCGGCUAAUUAAACCUGCAGCGUUAGCAUCCUUUGGCCUGCUCUCCGAGUGGGCUUGAGCUGAUCUGCUCAGGAAGGCAGCGGCCGACACUGACUCAAAGAAAACCAACCAAGUAAGCUAAGUAAGUGAAUGUGAAAAAUAUAUUUUUAUUUAGUUAUUUAUUUCCUUUGAGGACAUGCAGCGAGAGCAGCAAAGACAGACAUGCGUCCGUGCUGGAAAGAUGAAACAGACUGGGUAUUAUUUUCUUUCUUGCUAUUUCUACUCAGAGACAAGAUGAACUAAUGCAUUUUCCAUUUUUGCAUUGGACUCCUGUUGCUCUGAAGAAUUUUUUUUAAAUUUCAACAGAAAUAUGAACUUACUCUAUGGAGAGAGAAAAAAACACUAUGUGUGAAUAUUUCCAUGAACCUCAUCAGAGCUGUUUGUCUCACAUUGAAAGAGAAAGACAUUCCUGGCCUCUCUCGUCAAGCUUUCCUCCUUACCGAGUAUUCCCAUGAAGGACACACAACAGGAUAUUCAUCUAUACACUUUCUCACAUUCCUGCUUGAACUGGACUUUGGAACGAGGAGAAGCGAGCAAAGCCUUUCAGAACACAGCGUUUAUAGUCAUCACGGCGACUCAUAUGGUCAUGUAGUAUUCCUCAAGUACUCUAAUAGACUAGCUGAUACUCAUCACCAGUCUUCCAUACAGCACAAUAUGCAACAGAUGUCCAGGAUGUUGUCCAAUGAGUGCUAAUUUAGGUUGUUUUGUUUACAUAUUUAUUCACGUAUACAGCCAUCUAUUUAUUAAUUUAUUUGCAAAGAUAUGCCAACAAAACAUUUUUCCAUAAAUGUUUUUCUAGCACUUUUUUUUUAAUGUCUAAGACACUGAUAGCAGUAUGGAGGGAUUUUUUUGUUCAUGUCAUUCACCAUGUUUAUCUCUGGGAGAUUGGUGGAUGAUGGCUGAGUAACAAUAAGCUGCUGCAGAUUGAACUUUUAGGUCUAAACAGAGGAACGCUACUGAAACUCUAAAAGGCUUCACCUCUUGCUUUUUCCGCCUCGUCCUUUUGAGCAAUGUGUCCCCCCUCACAUGUUGUGUAGCACUUCAUCACUCACUUUAUGAUUGCUCACCAUCAUCAUCGUUCAUCUUCUCUCACACACACGACACCUUCACUGUCACUGACCCAAAUGUGGCCAAGAUUGUAAACUAUUCUCCAUCCAUAAGGGACAGUAGAAUAAGGUGUUUAAAAAAAUGUCUGUAUCAUAAUUUAAGUAUAAAAGUGCACUAUUAUAACUAUUGCCUGUGAUUUAAAAAUAAAAAAUAAGUUCUGAUUGAAUUGAUGGUUAAAAUAAAGAGAGUCACCCUAUUGUUAUGGUUACAAUAAUAAAUCCUAAAUCCAUGUG